AUGAGAGGGUCGCGUCCCUCCGCCUCCGGCAGUGCAGAGUACCCGGCCUUCUUGGAGUCCUUGGGAGGGGUACUGGACGGUGCACCGCCCGGGGACUCCGUCAUUCUCCUGGGGGACUUCAACGCCCAUGUGGGAGUCGCCAGUGACACUUGGAGAGGGGUGAUUGGAAAGAACGGCCCCCCUGAUUUGAACCCGAGCGGUGUUCAGUUGUUGGACUUCUGUGCCAGUCACAGUUUGUCCAUCACGAACACCAUGUUCGAGCACAAGGGUGUCCACCAGUGCACGUGGCACCAGGACACCCUAGGUCGGAGGUCGAUGAUCGACUUUGUUGUCGUAUCAUCUGACCUUCGACCGCGUGUCUCGGACACUCGGGUAAAGAGAGGGGCGGAGCUGUCAACCGAUCAUCACCUGGUCGUGAGUUGGAUCCGCUGGCAGGGGAAGAAGCCGGCCAGACCUGGCAGACCCAAGCGUAUAGUGAGGGUCUGCUGGGAACGUCUCGCUGAGCCCCCUGUCAGACGGACUUUCAACUCUCACCUCCGGGAGAGCUUCUCCCAGGUCCCGGCGGAAGAGGGGGACAUGGAGUCCGAGUGGACCAUGUUCUCUGCCUCAAUCGCCGAUGCGGCGGAUUGUAGCUGUGGUCGCAAGGUCUCUGGUGCUGGUCCCGGCGGCAACCCCCGAACCCGGUGGUGGACACCGGCAGUAAGGGAUGCUGUCAGGCUGAAGAAGGAGUCCUAUCGAGCCAUGAUGGUUCGGGGGACUCCUGGGGCAGCUGUCCAGUACCGGCAGGCCAAGCGUGCCGCGGCCCGGGCUGUUGCAGAGGCAAAAACCCGGGACUGGGAGAAGUUCGGAGAGUCCAUGGAGCAUGACUAUCGGUCGGCCUCAAAGAGAUUCUGGCAAACCAUCCGGCGCCUCAGGAGGGGGAAGCAGUUCUUUGCCAACACCAUGUACGGUGCGGGUGGAGAGCUGCUGCCCUCGACUGGGGAUAUUGUCGGGCGGUGGAAGGAAUACUUUGAGGUUCUCCUCAAUCCCCCCGUCACGUCCUCUGUUACAGAGGCAGAGGCUGAGGAUGUUGGGGCGGAUACAUCCAUCUCCCUGGCUGAGGUCACCAAGGUGGUUGGUAGCCUCCAUGGUGGCAAGGCUCCGGGUGUGGAUGAGAUCCGCCCUGAUUAUCUAAAGUCUCUGGAUGUUGUAGGACUGUCUUGGCUGACACGUCUCUGCAACAUCGCGUGGCGAUCGGGGGCAGUGCCAAUGGAGUGGCAGACCGGGGUGGUGGUCCCUCUCUACAAGAAGGGGGACCGGAGGGUGUGUUCCAAUUAUCGUGGGAUCACACUCCUCAGCCUCCCCGGUAAGGUCUACUCCAGGGUACUGGAGAGGAGGUUACGGCCGAUGGUCGAAUCUCGGAUCCAGGAGGAGCAGUGUGGUUUUCGUCCCGGUCGCGGAACACUGGACCAGCUCUAUACUCUCCAUCGGAUACUCGAGGGUUCAUGGGAGUUCGCCCAACCUGUCCACAUGUGUUUUGUGGAUUUGGAGAAGGCGUUCGACUGUGUUCCCCGGGGUGUCCUUUGGGGGGUUCUCCGGGAGUACGGGGUCGGGGGUCCUCUGCUGAGGGCCAUCCGAUCCCUGUAUGACCGGAGCCAGAGCUGUGUUCGCAUUGCCGGCAGUAAGUCAGACCUGUUCCCGGUGAAUGUUGGCCUCCGACAGGGCUGCCCUUUGUCACCGGUUCUGUUCACUGUAUUUAUGGACAGAAUAUCUAGGCGCAGCCAGGGGUCGGAGGGGGUCCGGUUCGGAGACCACAGGAUUUCAUCUCUGCUGUUUGCGGACGAUGUUGUCCUGUUGGCUCCAACGAACCAGGACCUGCAACAUGCACUGGGGCGGUUUGCAGCCGAGUGUGAAGCGGCUGGGAUGAGAAUCAGCACCUCCAAAUCCGAGGCCAUGGUGCUCGACCGGAAAAAGGUGCCUUGCCCUCUGCAGGUGGGUGGAGAGGUCCUUCCUCAAGUGGAGGAGUUCAAGUAUCUCGGGGUCUUGUUCACGAGUGAGGGAAGAAUGGAGCGUGAGAUUGACAGGCGGAUCGGUGCAGCGUGCGCAGUGAUGCGGUCGCUGUAUCGGACCGUUGUGGUAAAAAGGGAGCUGAGCCGAAAGGCAAAGCUCUCGAUUUACCGGUCAAUCUUCGUUCCCUCCCUCACCUAUGGUCAUGAGCUUUGGGUAAUGACCGAAAGAACGAGAUCGCGGAUACAAGCGGUCGAAAUGAGCUUCCUCCGCAGAGUGGCUGGGUGCUCCCUUAGAUAUAGGGUGAGGAGCUCAGUCACACGGGAGGAGCUCGGAGUAGAGCCGCUGCUUCUCCACGUCGAGAGGAACCAGUUGAGGUGGCUCGGGCAUCUGUUCCGGAUGCCUCCUGGACGCCUCCCUGGGGAGGUGUUCCGGGCACGUCCCACCGGGAGGAGGCCCCGGGGAAGACCCAGGACACGCUGGAGGGACUAUGUCUCUCAGCUGGCCUGGGAACGCCUUGGAGUCCCCCCGGACGAGCUGGAGGAAGUGUGUGUGGAUAGGGAAGUCUGGGCGUCUCUGCUUAGACUGCUGCCCCCGCGACCCGGCAAAGGAUAA